CCUCAAGACACCAUCGACAUGGUUGGCGCGGCGUGGUUGGCAGUACUGAGCUGCGCGGUGGCGGCGGCGGCCGGCAGCGCUCCUGGCGGCGACGAGCGGCGGCAGUGGUGGCGCGACCCGUGCGCCCUGCACGCCAAGUCGCCGCUGAAGGGCAAGCGCUGGCAGUUGGUGUUGGAGCGCCGCGUCAAGAAAGUCAAGCAGCAGGUCGACAUCACCCUGAAUCACUUCCGGCUGCAGAAGCUGAACAGUCUCUACCCCGAGGGGGUGAGAGAGAUAGUCAAGCAGCAUUUUGAGCAAACUUGGCUGCCUGGGAUUGGAAACGUUAAUAUGAUGCGAGACAGGAUUUCACAACAUUUUAAGGUGCAGUUCCUGUUCCCCGAGCUGCACGCGGACCUGCAGAAGUUCGCGGUGGCGCUGCAGGGCAUGCUGGAGGACCGGGGGGAGGAGGCGGCGCGCGCGGAGGCCCUGCGCGGCACCGCGCUGCAGCUGCAGCUGCUGCUGUGCGAGGUGGAGCUGGCGCUGGGGCGCAUGAAGGUGGCGGUGCCGGGGCGCCAGGACCCGGCCGUCAUGUCGCCCGAGGAGCGACACCCGGCCGGCAACACGGCGCGAGUCGUGCGCGAUUGGGGCACCUUGUCGCGGUACCGCGGCUACCUGCAGGGCUGGGCGCGCCUGCUCGCGAGGACCACCAGGAGGAGGCGCCGCGCCUCUCGCCCGUCGUCGCCGGCGACCGCCCCGGCGCCGAGUCGCUAGUCGGUGCACGGCCGCGCGACGCGAAACUCCACUCUCACCAACAUUGUGAUCACGACCAUUGUCUGAAGUUUCUUGGCUUGGCGGGGUUAAGGGCGGCCUUGCUGGGUGGGAUACGACCGUGACCAAACUCUCGGGUUGUCGUAUUCCAGAACAAGUCCAAACCGAAUCCCUGCAAGAAAAACAAAUCGGUGAUCGUUUUAAUAAAAGAUGCCCUGCGCGAUGCUAUAGAAACUGGUUUUAACGCAUUCUAGCCCGACGUUUUGCAACCGUCGAUACAAUUGUUACCACAAAAUUAUUAGAGAUGUAAGCACUAUCGCAAAAAAAAAAUAGAAUAGCCUUUCUAAUAUUCAUAAGUACUUUGGGAGUUGCGAUUAUUUCUUGUUAAGUGUACAGAAUGUAUUCAAAGAUAAUUUCACCAUCAUAAAUCGACGAAAAGUUGAGCUUUGCGCAACAGAACGGCAACAGAUAGGAAACCAAAAUCCGUCCCCUAAAAAAACAAGGGAUUUGGCUCGUAUCCUAUCGUGCACUAGGGACACGGUUAGGAACAGGUGUAGCAUGUUCAACAUCGAAAGCCUUAGUUUUGUGUCUUGGAAUACCGGCCUUAGCUGCGUUGAGGGCGAAUGUUUCACCAUCGCUCUCGAUGCGACCUUUCACAAUUAUCGUAUAUCAAGCCACAGGUUCUCCAAAAGUCAAAAUAGGGUAAUUUCUAUGGCCAAAGAAAUCACAGAUCUAAAACAGUGCCCUCAAAAUCUAAACUUUGUGGAUCACGCAAAAUUUUGGUCUCUAAAACAUCAUAUCUCUACGACACUCGGUAAUAACCGAAGAAUAAAUUGCUAGACGUGUGAACAAAAGCGGGGGUAAUGCUGAAACAUUUUUAUCUAGCCAAUUUCAUGUAAUUUAUUUAAGCGGAAAUAUUGGUUCUGGUUUGUGGUUCACUAAGAUAUGAUAACCAACAGACGAUAAACUAUCCAUUUACAUAAAUUAUUUCGCGGAAAGAAUCAAAGCUUAUAGUGAUGCUACAUUAAAUUUUUUUAUGUGAAAAAAUUUUAUUGGAAAAUUAAAGUUCGAAUAGGUAGUUUCGUGGUUGAUCUCAAAACAAAUAAUCUUUUUUAGCUGUCAUUUUCGGGGAAUCAUGCCGAAAACAUAAAUUUAAUUAGUUGGUUCGGUGGCGUAUGAUGUACUUCCGAGUUACAGGCAUACUAAGGCAUCAAUUAAAGCCAUAGAAUGUAUUGAAAGGUCAUUUAGGAUUUUUUUAAUAGAGCCCACAGCCAUAAUUAAACUUUUAUUUAGUUGCAUGCUGUAUAACUAUAUAAAAUUUACUAUUAUAUUUCAGGGGUGCUGUAUUUCAUCGUUAAUCUUAGCUAUGAAACACCGACAUUUGUACUGAGUUCCCAUUUAGAACACUAAGUGGUAUUUAACAUUUUUUAUAAGCUUUAAAAUUGAUGUGUUACGUGUUAGUGUAACUUGUCAAGACUAGGUAUAUACAAUUAUAUUUAUCUGCCAGAGUUGGGAAUUUACACACGCAUUAACUGACUUGUAAUAAUGAGUAUUAAGAAAUGCUUAAGAUAUUGGACUAACUGCAGUUAUUCUGACAAUGUUUUCAUACAACUGAGGUACCACGAUCAAUAAUGGAUAUGAUCAUAUCUUGACUGACUAACGUAGCUAAUUUUUUAUUAUUUAUUUAAACUUAAAUUAAUUUAAUAAACUAUUUAUAACAUGCAUUUAGCAAUUUGCAUAUUUUUAUCAUUUUUAUUAAAUUGUUUGAAUUUAUAGAUUUACAUUGUGUUAAAUUUGUAAUAUAAAUGAAGCUUUCACAAACUUUACAUCAAUUAAAGAAUAUUAGUGAAAGUUAUAAA